AUGAUCUCGAUGAUCAACUACCCGUCAGAUUCGCCAAAAGAAUUCUAUGGAGGUGCGACCGGCGAAGGGCGCUUCUACUUCCCCAACCGCUAUCUGCGGGUGUCGAAAAAGGAGAAACGCAUCGUCACCGUCAGUCAGGCCGACGAGCCGCACCAGCUGAUCCCCGAACAGAUCGAACUCCGUCGCCAGGCCUCCGACACAAUGUGGACCGGUCUCCUUCACAAGAAGAUCAUCGAAAAACUGCAGGAAGGCCAGGAUAUUAUGGCCCACCCG